UCUCUCUCUCUCUCUCUCUCUCUCUCUCUAGACUCUAUAUAUACAGGUCUGGAUCUCCUUCUCCUUUCCCAGUGUUGAUAUAUAUAUUCUCUUCUUUUCAAAAAUUUCACCGCGAAUUUCCUCCCAACCCGAUCUCUCAGCUCUUCAACUUCCAUCCCGAUCAUCUCUUUUCUUCCCGUGUUCCACCCCCCUUUUCUAUAAUUUUGAAACCCUAAUUUUGAAAUCUUUUUUCCUCUUUUUUUUUUUUUUUAUCGUUUUUGAUCUGCUGGUUUCCUACUUUCCUUAUACCAUUUGAUAAUCCCAAAGAGAAAGGUGCAUAAAUCUGAGGGAUUGAGAUUUGGGUUUGGUUAUUAAUGGCGGAUCCGCAAGGAUUGGAAGGAAGCCAACCAGUGGAUGUCUCUAAACAUCCCUCUGGAAUUGUUCCCACUCUCCAGUUAAGUUACCCUCAUACAAUUAAACAGUUCCAAUCAUUUUCUUUGUUUGGUUUUUAGUUUGACUGGUUAAAAAAAUAUAAUACCAAGGGCUUCUUUACCCAAUUCAUUUACUUAUGUUACAAGUUUUUCCCCAUUUGGCAACUGGAGAAAGACAGGAUUUUUACGUAUUGUCAAGGACCAUAUGCCACGAGGAAGUGAAUUUUCAGUAUAGACUUACUUUAUUCAUAACCUGAAUAUCUUGUUCUACUAGGAGUUACCUGUCAUUGUAGUCACCCCUUUUAUUUUUAAUUAUCUUCUGAACAUUACCACAUGAAUGUGCGUCCUUUUUUUGUUAUUGCUAAUUUUGGGAUGUAUCAUUGUAUGCCUUUGUUCCUGUACAUAGAAAUCUCUGGUUGGCUGCUUUGUAUAGCCUUCAUUGUGGUAUCUGAAGACUUAUUAUGUCGCCAAUUGAAAGAUUAUAUUUUUAUUGGCAACUGAUGUAUACUAAUAAGCCGGCUACUUGGGACAUUUGCUGAUCUUAUUAUCUGAUGAUUGCUAUCGUAAGGGUCAAAUUUUAGAAUGCACCGCACAAGACUCGGUGACAUUCGACCGGUGAUGCUUUACAGAUCAUACUAUUGGAUACUAGGUUAGAUUGGAUUAGAAAUGAAAUUAUUAGAAAGAAAGUAGGGGUACCUUCUACAGAUGAGAAAUGAGAGAAUCACGCUUUUGAUGGUAUGGACUAUAGAAUGUUCCAGAUUCUUGUGGAAGCUGCCCCGGUUAGGAGGGUAUAAACUAUAGAAUCAAGAAAUGAAACUAAGAGGAUAGACCUGAAAAGACUUGGAAAGAAACUGUAAAAAUUGACAUGAAAUAUUCAGAUAUGAAUGAUGAAUUGUGUAUUGAUUGAGCUCGACGACGGCAUUAUUCAUAUCGCCAACUGCCUUUGACAGUAAACAAGGCUAUUGCCUCUUCUAAUUUAUGAUGAUAACAAGAUUAUGGAGGUUGUCAGCUUUCAAGACAAAGUACUCGGCCUUUAGAGAAAAAUUGGAAAUGAUUCAACUAAACCUCCGAACAAACAUGUUGCUGUUCCUUGUAUGUCAUGCACACCUGCAGGAAUUUUUAUGGCACAACUUGAUACUUCUAUAAGUUCCCCUGUUUCGUUGUAAUAAAUCUCGUUGAAUUGGGUACUUGGAAUUGCGUUUUACUUACACCGGGGACUAGUUGAUAUGGCAUCAUGAUAACACCCAGGAUCUAUCAGUAGUGAGUUUACUGCUUAAUUGAAUUGGUGGAAAUGUCUGUUUACAUGCUAUAAACUAGAUUUUUUUUUUUUGAAGUGGCUUCUUUAUCUUUCUUGGAAUUUGUUGUUCUGAUUUAAUUUAAUUUGUUAGCAAAGUGCUAAAUUUGAUCAAAGAACAUAGUUUUUUAUGCCACUGUAUAGUUUCUGGGUGGUUGUCAAUAAAUGAUUGGCGAAUCUAUUUUUUCCAGUACCUGUCCUUGGUAUACUUGAUUGAUAAGUUCAGUGUACAUUCAGGAACAUUGUGUCAACUGUUAACCUGGACUGCAAAUUGGACCUAAAGGCGAUUGCGUUGUCUGCUAGAAAUGCAGAAUACAAUCCAAAGCGUUUUGCUGCUGUAAUUAUGAGGAUUAGAGAGCCAAAAACUACAGCUCUAAUCUUUGCUUCGGGCAAGAUGGUUUGCACGGGAGCCAAGAGUGAGCAGCAGUCAAAAUUGGCAGCUCGCAAGUAUGCAAGAAUAAUCCAGAAGCUGGGAUUUGAGGCCAAGUUCAAGGAUUUCAAGAUUCAGAACAUAGUAGGUUCCUGUGAUGUAAAAUUCCCAAUUAGGCUCGAAGGGCUUGCUUAUUCACAUGGAGCCUUUUCAAGUUAUGAACCUGAGCUAUUUCCUGGAUUGAUAUAUCGGAUGAAACAACCCAAAAUUGUGUUGCUUAUAUUUGUAUCUGGAAAGAUUGUCCUCACCGGAGCAAAGGUCAGGGAUGAGACAUACACCGCAUUUGAGAAUAUAUACCCUGUUCUGACGGAGUUCAGGAAGAAUCAGCAAUGGUAUGAAGUUCAAUCCUCCUCUAGUUGACUUUGAGGUGGCAGUUUUCUUUUGAAUCUGCAAGGUUUUUGUUUGGUAUAAUGCAGGACUGAAAGUUUCAAUGACCUGUUAUUUUCUACCCGCGCAUACCUAGUAAUAGACGAUAUCUUAGUUUUCUCUUUGAUCUGUUUUCUGUUCUUAAUUAAUUUGAAAACUAUAUUGUGUUGUUUUUGUCUUUGACAAUCAAAAUCUCGAAGUGACAGUCGCGUGAAAUGCCAAAAAAACAAACAUGCUAUGUGUCUUUAAUGAUACGGGGAAAAAAUCCAUACAUCAGUUGAGCCUUUCUUGGCUGUAUAAAUUAAUGAAAUCACUCUUUAUUUUGCGGGUCUUAAGGGAGGGUAAUCAGUGAUUUUCCCUUUACAUUACAUAUUGUAUUAUAUAAUACCUUAUGUGGUUACUUUGAUUUUGUUUAAAGGUCUUGUUUCCGAAUUGGUUGAUAUCCUCUUUUAACCUUUUGCUGGUAAUUCUCUGCGAACAAAUUGACAGAUGGAAGGGAAGUUUGUCUCCCCUUGUGAAUGACAACUUGACAAGAACCAGAAAGGUUGCUCCAUUGAACUCGGGAAGUGGAGUGAAAAUAUUUAAGAAACGAUGAUGGACUUCUACUCCCAUCUUGUAUAAAAUGGUCAACAGUGCAGCACAGAACGUUUAAGAAUUGUGUCAUCUUGUCCUUACUCCUUAGCCCCAAUCUUUUGGGUUGGUUUAAAAUCAUAUGAAUGAAGCAUCAGAAGAUUAGUAAAAGGCGCUUGGAAAUUAGAGCAGCAGGUAAUAAAAGGUUCUGGCCUUCUGGUGGUCGUGCUGCGUAUGGUUUCAUUAGUUUGGUAAAAAAGGGGUGGCAAUGGAGUUCAGUUGAUGUUUGACUAUUAUUUGAAAUGUAAUCCGACCUGUAUCUCUGAUUAAUGGGCAUUGCUCGAAAUUUUGCUUAUGUGAGGAUGAUUUUAGUUGGCUCUGACAUGUCUGUGGGUCGUGUAUAUUUAACUUCCAACUUUCAUCAACUGCAUAAUCUGGGUAAUCAAAUUUGGAUGACUCAAAAUUAAAAGAA